AUGAAGACCACCAAUGGGACUGAGACCUGGUAUGAGAGCCUGCACACUGUGUUGAAGGCUCUAAAUGCCACUCUUCACAGCAACUUGCUCUGCCGGCCAGGGUCAGACAACCUGACUGAGGAGAGGCGGGCCAGCCUACCUGGCCGCGAUGACAACUCCUACAUGUACAUUCUCUUCAUCACGUUCCUAUUUGCUGCCACUGUGGGCAGCCUCAUCCUCGGAUACACCCGCUCCUGCAAAGUGGAUAAGCGCAGUGACCCCUAUCAUGUAUACAUCAAGAACCAGGUGUCUAUGCUCUGA